UUAAAGUCACACCAUGAGCUGCAAAACAUUGUCCGUGUUAUUUGUUCUUCAAAUUCUUUUAUUGUUUAUCCCUAACGUUGAUAAUCAAGACAUUGUGGGGGGGCUACCGGUGAAAUAUGGAGAGUUUCGUUAUAUGGCUGCCUUAGGUUGGUUAAAUGAAAAUGCAGGUCUGGACUUUCUUUGUGGUGGAGUGAUAAUAUCUGUUAGUUCUAGAUGGAUUCUAACCGCAGCACAUUGUACCCACAAAAAUGGGAAACAACCUGACUAUGCUUAUUUGGGAGGGCAGCCUCUUGACGAGUUCUCAUUCUCAGGCAAUUUAACAUAUACAGUCAAACAAGUAAUAGUUCAUCCAAAAUAUGAUCCAAAGCAGGCUUAUCAUGACAUUGCUCUUAUAGAAUUAUAUUACCGGUUUCCUGAAUACAUAGGAUUUGGUUCCAUUUGCGUUUGGCGCCGUCGAAAACUCACCAGCAAUGAAACUGUAGCUAUUGGCUAUGGACAAACCGAAUUUGCUGGAAAAACUUCGAAGGAACUACUAAAAGUCAACUUGAAAGUCUAUUCAAAUGAAAUCUGUCAACCUUUUUAUAAACGUCAAAGAAAAUAUAAAUCAGGUAUUUCGGAUAAGCAAAUCUGUGCUGGCGAUAAGGAAGAUACUAAAGACACAUGUCAAGGUGACUCUGGAGGACCGCUUCUUUUGAAUUAUAAUAAUGUGGAAUAUGUUGUUGGUAUUACAUCUACAGGACAAGCCUGCUCUGGAUAUCCACCAGCUAUUUAUACAAAAGUAUCUCCAUACAGAAGAUGGAUACGCAAGGCUUUAUAUAAGGUGGGAGGUCAUGUAAUAUGCUGACCCUCCAAUACACAAUCAAGAGACUUACUCGUAGGACGUUGUACAUAA